UUUAGCUCGGGCUGAUUCACGCUUUACACUUCCGGUUUGUUUUUUAACCCCGUUGUUCCUAUAGGCUGUCUGCCUCAUAUCCCAUAAGCCUCUGCGUUUCAACUUCCUUUUUCUUUUCGGCCAUAUUCCGCCUGGACGGAAAUAAACAGUCAUGGCCCCCAGCCGGAAUGGAAUGAUCCUGAACCCUCACUUCCAUAAAGACUGGCAGAAGAGAGUUCGCACCUGGUUCAACCAACCAGCAAGAAAACUCCGCAGACGUAAGGCUCGUCAGGCGAAGGCUCGUCAUAUCGCCCCUCGCCCAGUUGCUGGACCCCUGAGGCCCAUUGUCAGGUGUCCGACAAUCCGCUAUCACAACAAGGUCCGCGCUGGCCGGGGCUUCUCCCUGGAAGAGCUGAAGGCUGUUGGCAUCAACAAGAGAGUGGCCCGCACCAUCGGCAUUGCUGUCGACCCACGUCGUCGCAACAGAUCCACAGAGUCCCUGCACGCCAAUGUCCAAAGGCUGAAGGUGUACCGCUCCAAACUCAUCCUCUUCCCCAGAAAGUCUACUGCACCCAAGAAGGGAGACAGCACUGCGGAAGAGAUCAAGAUGGCAACACAGCUUACUGGACCAGUCAUGCCAAUUAAGAACGUGCACAAGAAGGAGAAGGCACGCAUGAUCACUGAGGAAGAGAAGAAAUUCAAGGCUUUUGCCAGCCUGCGCAUGGCUCGUGCCAACGCUCGUCUCUUCGGCAUCCGCGCCAAGAGGGCAAAGGAGGCCGCUGAGCAGGAUGUAGAGAAGAAGAAAUAGACCAUUAUUUGUAUGCUACAUAAUAAAAGCCUCUCCACAAA